AUGCAACUGCGCGAACCGUUGCUCGAUCACCACGAAGAAACAAAUGAGUCCAUCCAAGAGAAAAAUUCGCGCUCGAGUUCAUGUCGUACUCUUCCGAAGAUCAGCCUACCCAAAUUCUCCGGUGACUAUCGUAACUGGCCGUCAUUUCGCGAUCUUUUUCACUCGAUGGUAAGCUCUAAUAGAAACAUCCCGCGCGUUGAAAUAUUCCACUAUCUGAAGUCUCAGACUACUGGAGAGGCAGCUCAAUAUCUUGCCAACAUCCCGGUGACUGUUGAGAAUUUCUCGCGAGCCUUCUGGCAAGCACUCACGUCUCGGUACGAGAAUUGCAUCCUGGUCUCGACCUACUUAGAUCGAAUCUUCGAAUUAAAGACGUUGACACAGAAAUUUAGCUUCGACCUCAAGACUCUCCUGUCAACCGUCAAAGAAUCGUUUGGCGCUUUACAGUCCCUCGGUGCGCCUACUGAAUAUUGGGACAUUCUGAUGGUCUACCUCGUGACUCGACGCCUUGACUCGCACACGUUGGAAGCUUGA